GGAGGCAUUACAGGCAGUGCCCGAAUCACACCCCUGAUCCCGCACCCUGGAACCGUCUGGGAAUUACUGAAGCUUCGCCAUAUACCCUCGCAGACCACCUAAUUCACGUCUUUGCACGAUGGCGCAGGGAACCGUCAAGAUUUCGACCAAGGCGGCUACCGCCAAGCCUCUGAAAAAGGGGGCUAGGGUCACCAAGCCCAAGAAGGCGAAGCCGACCAAGGCCGACAAGCUCGUCAAAAAGUACACCUCGGGCCUGGUCAACCAGACUGAGAAGCUGCUCGGCGAGCGCGCCGGCCAUCUCGAGCUCAUCGGCAAGGGCAGGAAGGGCAAGACCGCCGACGCCGGUGGAAAGAAGCAGACGGGCGGAUCCAAGAAGUUUGGUUGAUGCUGCCCAAACUCGCGCUCCUUGGCCGGCCACUCUGCCCUGGGCUGGUGCCGGUACCCCGACUGGUCUUAGGCACUUGACUCUGGGCCGCGCCGGCUACGACCUCCACUCUCCUUCUCGGCGAUUGGCCUGGUCCCAGGGCUAACGGCCGCCCAACUAUCCUCUCCGAUAUCUAUCUACGGCGAGCCCUGUGGAGUUUGGCGGAGGCUCUGACUAUUCUCGGGGUGAUAGGAGGAUUGUCACAGGCACAUGAGUUUCAUGGCGGGGGAGCCCGCCCCUGAGCUGGACAAUCGAUGUGCGCGCGAGGUCGCCGCUUUCUCCUGCUGGCUAGACAAGAUACCACCCUCGGGGCACUGAGACGCGCAUAUGAAUCUCGGCGCCUCAAGGAUUCUCGAGGCUGGAUUUUAGGAAAUUUUCUACCGUCGAGCAUAAAAUACGCAGUCCUCCGUUUUCAGGUCUCUCCCCAAACCAACCGUCCACUAUUUCUCAAUCAGCCGGCAGCUCCUCGUGAGCAAAACAUUCAGGGGCUCGCGUUUGUGCUGGUGCCCUA